AUGUUCAGACAACUCGUUCGCCCCAUGGCCCGCAUUUCACAUGCCAGAACCUUGGCUACUGCCUCGGCUCCAAGAAUUAAGACCUUCCAGAUUUAUAGAUGGAACCCCGACACUCCAGAGGUUGAACCAAAGUUGCAGAAGUACGAAAUCGACUUGAACGCAUGUGGACCUAUGGUGUUGGAUGCCAUCUUGAAGAUUAAGAACGAACAGGACGCUUCGUUAACCUUCAGAAGAUCAUGCAGAGAAGGUAUUUGUGGCUCUUGUGCCAUGAACAUUGGCGGUAAGAACACAUUGGCAUGCUUGUGCAGAAUAGACACGGAUACCAGCAAGGAGACCAAGAUCUACCCAUUGCCCCACAUGUACAUUGUGAGAGACUUGGUUCCAGACUUGACUCACUUCUACAAGCAAUACAAGUCCAUCCAGCCAUACUUGCAAAGAGACACUCCUCCAGCAGAUGGUAGAGAGAACUUGCAGAGCAUGGAGGACAGAGCCAAGUUGGACGGUUUGUACGAGUGUAUUUUGUGUGCUUGUUGCUCCACGUCCUGUCCUUCUUACUGGUGGAACCAGCAGGAAUACUUGGGACCAGCAGUGUUGAUGCAGGCAUACAGAUGGUUGAUUGACUCGAGAGAUGAGGCUACCAAGCUCAGAAAAGAGAUGUUGCAGAACUCCAUGUCGUUGUACAGAUGCCACACUAUCAUGAACUGUUCGAGAACGUGUCCUAAGGGGUUGAACCCCGGCCGUGCUAUUGCCGAGAUCAAGAAGUCUUUGGCCUUCGAUUAG